AGAGAGAGAGAGAGAGAGAGCGAGUCACAUUCCGAGCGGAUCACGGAUGCUUAUAGAAGCGUUGCGUAACGGCGUCGGACGGACGGCGAAACCUCGGCGGCUGCUGCUGCUGCUGCUGCUUGGGUCGUCGAGUCUCGUCAAGUUCGACGAAAACCCCGCUGCAUCCUCUCCCGGUGUCGAGCACCCGGUUCCGAUAUCCAACGCCAUCCCGGAGACGGCCACCACUCGUCCACUCGUUUCGAGAGAACUCGAGAGCAAGUGUGUCGUCGCGCAGUGCCGAUUGACCCCGACAGGUGACUCGAAUUUAGAUCUCGAACAGCGUCGACUCGAAUCGCGUCGUCGAUUCUCGGGACGGAGAGAAGAGGCUCGUGUCUCGUGGCGCGAAACCCCAGCUGCCCCUCGCUCGAUUCGGGAAGAUCGGUGACGUGUUUUCGAGCUGGCGGAUGGACGUGUGUGGAUCGAGAGAGAGAGAGAGAGAGAGAGAGAGAUCGCAUGAUCGAUAGAUCGAGUGGUGAGAAAGAUAGGGAACGAGGUGAAGGAGGAAGAAGUGUCGAAGAACAAGUAAUCGUGUUCAUUAGGGUGAAUUAUUCGUCUGAAGUGUGUUUCAAGGCCGGGGGGGGGUAGUCACGGGAUCGUCGAUAUGUAAACCGUGAGCGAUCGUCAGCUCGCACGGAAUCGGGAUAUGUUUCUCUCGGGUCCGUUGCUGUCCGACCAACGGCGACUAAAAUUAACCCGUGUCGAAUCCUAGAACGUCUAGCCUCGCUUCGGGCUGAAUUUCGUAUUUAUAGAUCGUACACAAAGAGAGGAGAAAAAAAAAAAACCGUAUCCUUGACAUCCAAAUAACCGAUCGGUAAUCGAUCGGUAAUCGAUAAGCUCGAGCGCUGAAAUACUGGAGAAAUUCGCUAGACGCUCGCUGGUUAACGAUAAACGGGGAAUCGUAGACGUAAAACGAGCGUGAGCACGGGAGCGGUUUUCGAGCGUGAUUUAACGUUCAAGGAGUUGAUCGCGGCUAAUUGUCAGUGUCCGCUGGUCGACGUUUUGGAGUGAUCAACAAAGGGUUGUUGGGUGAUCUUGCAGAGGUCCGUCGGUGCUACGCGUGAGACGAGAAGGUGGAAGGUGGAAGUGACGGUGGAGGGAAGGAAGGAUGACGGAACGGCGUUCAGCAGGGGGACGGCACGCGUGCGGUUUUUGGUAACGGGUCAGCGGGACGACGAUAACGAAGACGACGAAGACGACGAAGACGACGGCAGGGAGGACGAGAACCACGACGACUACAACGACGACCACGACCACGACCACAACCACGACGAGAAAGAAGAAGAAAAAGGACGAAGAUUACGACGUGGGUGGUGGGGAAAGAAGUUGUUGGUGGAGGAGGAGGAGGAGGAGGAGGUGGAAGACUAGAGGGAGAGAGAAAGAGAGAAGUGGUGUGUUGAGAGAUGCAGCAACAGUCAGCGCCGAACGGGGUGGCAGGUGGUGCCGAAUUGCCUCAAACAGGUGGCAUAAGCUCGGCCCAACCUGGAGCGACAGGUACCGCCACGGCGGCGUCUAAUCGUGCCCAGGUUAACGGUGGCAGAUUCGAUUUCGACGAUGGCGGCACCUACUGCGGCGGUUGGGAAGAUGGAAAAGCUCACGGGCACGGCGUCUGCACGGGACCCAAGGGCCAAGGUGCAUAUUCCGGCAGCUGGCACUAUGGUUUCGAGGUCUCCGGUGUCUACACCUGGCCUAGCGGAUCGGUUUACGAAGGCCAGUGGCAGAACGGGAAACGGCAUGGCCUGGGCAUGGAGACUCGUGGACGAUGGAUUUACCGGGGCGAAUGGAGUCAAGGAUUCAAGGGCCGAUACGGUGUCAGACAAUCGACCACGUCCACCGCGAGGUACGAGGGCACGUGGGCGAGCGGACUUCAGGAUGGAUACGGUUCAGAGACCUACGCGGACAGCGGCACGUAUCAGGGGCAAUGGUACCACGGCAUGAGGCACGGAUAUGGCGUGAGAGCGAGCGCGCCUUUUGGUUUGGCAAGUCAUUACAAACCGUCGAAGCAAGUCAGGGCUUCCUUGACGUCCCUGAGAAGCGCGGACGAUGGCGGCGCGGUGGCACCGACGCCGGAACCGACCGACAGAAGGGAUCGUCGGGUUGGCGACAGCAGGGGUGGCUUCGUGCUCAAAGCCAGGAGUGAUAAUCCACCGGCAAGGAGGAAGAGCCUCACGGAAAAGUCAUUGAAGAAGGGCAUCCUCUCGGGGCUGAAGAUUCGGAAGCAGAGGAGUACGGGUGAUUUGGAGAAACACGGUACUGGAGGCAGUAUUAGGAGCAACGCUAGCUCAGCAUCGUGGAUGUCGACAGAGAGCUCGCAGAGCCAGGCUUCGGCAUCCGUUCACACGGACAGUAACGCGUCCUUCGUCAUCGAGGACGAGCAAAUGGACGCUUCGGUGACCGAGACGUAUCUAGGCGAAUGGAAGAACGACAAGAGGACAGGUUUCGGUAUAUCGGAGCGUAGCGACGGUCUGCGAUACGAGGGCGAGUGGUUCAACAACCGGAAAUACGGGUACGGCGUGACGACGUUCAGGGACGGCACCAAGGAGGAGGGCAAGUACAAGAACAACGUGUUGAUCACCAGUCAGAAGAAGAAGCACCUGUUCCUUAUCAGAUCGGCCAAGUUCCGCGAGAGGAUAGAGGCCGCGGUGAACGCGGCUCAGAGGGCGAGCAAGAUCGCGCUUCAAAAAGCGGAUAUCGCGAUCUCGAGAACAGCCACCGCUCGAGGGAGAGCCGAGCUGGCGGACGCGGCUGCCGAGCAAGCGAGGGAAGACUCGGAACUGGCUCAGCAGACGGCCAAGCAAUUCGCGCCGGACUUUCGGCAACCUGGACUGGAGAGGCUGCGAAACAGAGAGAUACCGAAGUACGUGCCACCGCCCCAGGACACCGUACCAGGGAAGAGUAUCCUUCACAAGGCGGCCAGCGUGGACCAGCCUGGCUCCACGCCGAUGAAGAGCCCGACCUCGGAGCCAACGUCGGGAUCGACCACGUCGGGGCCAACCACCACGGCGAGUAACGUGAUGCAGUCGAUCAGGAGAACCAGCAUGAAGCCGCAGAGCCAACUGUUGCAAAAUCAACUGCUGAGCAAUCAGUUGCCGCAGAAUCAGCUACCGCAGAAUCAGUUGUCGCAGAGCGAGCUGUCGAAUCCGACUCCGGCUCAACUGGUGAACCAGCUACCUCUGAAUCAAUUGAAUCAGACAUCGCUGAGCGGUCAAAAUCUUUAUCAAACUCAGUACCCUCAGACGAUGGCUCAGAGUCCCGUUCAACAGGGCCAGUACCCUAACAGUAUACCGAAUCAGUAUCAGCUGAUGAGUCAGUUCCAAGGUGGCCAAUACGCUCCGCAGAAUCAAUACCCUGUUCAAAGUAGUCCCUACAGUCAGUCUCAGUAUCAACCUAUGAGUCCACCUCAGGGCGAUCAAUAUUUGUAUCAGCAGCAGAUUGGACCGCAAGGAUAUCAAAACACGCAGGGUUAUCCUAAUCAGCAGACGUUGCCGAAUCAAUACGGGCCAAGUCAAAUGAAUCAAUACAACUCACAGCAAAUGUACGGGCAGUCCCAACAACUACCGCCACAGUCGCAAACCCAGAUUCCGCAACAAUACGAACCAGAUGGGGACGCGAAACGACCACCGAGUUCUACGAGUAUACGAAGGAACAGCAAGGUUUUGACUCCCCAAGACCGACCCAGCACCAUCGGGCAAACGCUGAACGACAGGCUAGAUCAUUAUAAAAGGCCACCCAGUCGCGAUAGUUCCGUAGACCGAUACGCUAGAGCGCAUUCCCGGUUGACUGGUUCGAGACAGCCGUCCGUCGAUAAAACCGUCACGAAUCCAUCCAUGGACAUGCUCGACAGAUCAAUGAGAGCACCGAGUGCGAUUCGAUCGGGCACGCCAUUAAACGGAUCCGUGGUGGGAAGCGGUGCCGCGACGCCGACGUACGCAGCCUCGACGUCCAGCCAAUUCGAGAGCGCCUUGCUGAAGAAUCGUAACCUUGGACAGGAUAUUCUACCGAGUCCGGGGCAGCCUAAGCGUACAGAAAGCCUCUACGUCACUCCCGGACGCGGUUCGACCGCAUCCGGCGGCGGAGGCGGCGGCGGCGGCGGGGGCGGCAUGUCGAAGGACGCAGGCCGGACGGUCCCCGCCUUCGCCGCAACGUCAAAGGGCCGCGCAACCCUAUGAGUAUAAGUAUUAAUAAAUAAAUAUGUACACACACACUGCGAUGCAGAGCCGUGCGCGCGAGCUGAGCCGCGUUUCACAACGAAUGAGUCGAGGUUGAAAAGAUGGGGCGGCGGGCGUUCGUGACUAGACCCUGGAUUCCUCUGAUUCUGAGUUAGGGGGAACCAGCGGGAACAAAGGGGAUGUUCGAGGGAAAGGGAGACGGGACAGCCUCUUUCGAUUCUAUCGGGGAGAGAAGCGUGGCCUGCCAGGCGACUGACUGGUUCCACGGAACUAAUUUAGGGGUUUAAGAUCAACAUCAGUGGGAUCCUCCAUUUGUACCCUCGUCAUGGCACACAACGGCCGCGAGACCGUGGCCAAAAGUCAAUUUUUCAGAUUCAACGUUUCGACGAAACUUUGUUGUUUUUUUUUUUUUUUUUCUUCUUCUUCUCCUUCUAUGAAAUGGGGAAACUCUGGAACACAAAGUGUGUGUGUUGCUCGUUUCAGAUAAUUACACGCUAAAGUCGGAAUUCUGAAAAUCAUAGCGGAGCUAAUUCUGUUUGAUUGUUAAUUAUAAAAACGGUUUAAAUUGUUGUUUUGUCGUUUGUACGUGUAAAAAUUCUGGAAACCAAAAUAUUACCUGUUUCAGAGAAUUACGCGAACGCGCUAAAGUCGAUAUUCUGAAAAUCAAUGUGAAGCCAAUUCUUUUGUUAUUAUUGAUUACAGAACGGUAAAUUAAAAGGGUUGAAUCAUUGUCAUCAACAAUGUUUCAAUUGUGUUUUGAGUAUAUUUUAAUCCAUGUACAAAACUGGAAUACUGUUUUGUGGCAAUUUGAACUUUGAGAGAACAAUUUUGAAACAAUAAUUAAGAGCGGCUGACGUCAGACUUGUGUUACACGAAAGAUUAAACUGUUAAAUUGUUGAGAAGAGCAUAGAAAUUUUAAGCACAAUCUCCUGCAACCUUUAAAUAAACACGGAUUUUAAAAAGUAGAAGCGAUACUUGGACAGUUAUGCUUCAAUCUUAAACGCGUAAUUGUCACCACAAUUCUUCAUGCUAUUUCUAAUGAUGUGACGGAAACAAAUGUUCGAUAUUCAGUCUUCUGCAAAUUGAAAAGAAAAUUCAAACCCAAGUGAUAUUUUUCGAAAUGUCGUCAUUAUUAUGUUCGACUUGACAACGCCAAGGCCACACCACGAUCUUAAAUCUUGAACAAACAAAAAAAUAAUUUUGGCCUCGGAAACGCUGCCUCCGGUUCGAAACACUGUGCACGGUCCACGAGUAACUCGUAGCCUGUAUGUUGUUCGGUGUGAUACUGUGUUUUAGUGAAGUUCAAUGUUAUCCGCAGGGUAUAUAAAACGCAUUGUGUUCUAACUUACGGUUACACGACAACCAAGUAGGGUGCCACUACUUGCAUGCUUCUUCACGAAACCAUUAAAUCUCUAAGAAUCUAUGAGGAAUGACAGUCGAGGUAUAGUGAGGGGGCAAACUUCGCUCAAGAAUCUAGGGUCUACUCGCGACCAGUGUCGCGCGCUACCUAACAAUCUCUCGAGCUUCAACGAUGCGGCAGUAUAUUAAACGCAUUCUCCAUCGCCAUCGACCAACAAUUAUAUAUAUAUAUAUAUACAUAUACACCCAAGUUCGUUCCAAAGUAUUGUACCAAAGUGUUAUUAUCGUUCCAAGAUGCGUGUUCCAAGACGCGUGUCUCCCCGUCGUUGAAUUGUUGAAUCACGUCAACGUGGCCCGGAUGAAUGUACCGUGAAGGAUCGUACCGCCAAUAUUUCCCGAUAUAUCGAUCGAACAUGCUCGCUGGACGUUCGACUCGACUCGUUCGGUGCGCGUGGUAUUGCAGGAUCACGGUUUAGCGAGCACGGGCAUCUCACAGUUUACACGAGCAUCGUGAGCGACGUGUUAAAAGGGAACAGAGACCGGAAUCGUUGUGUUUAGCAUGCGUCGAAAGGGCAAAUAUUUUCAGACCGACCAUUUAGUCUCGACGAUCGCGCGUGUGCCCCAGACAGGGGCAUUAGGGUAAGGUUACCAGCGAGAACGACUUUGAACGGUAAAAUUAUCGAAACUGAGAAGUAUCCUUAUGCAACGAGGAUCGUUAUUACGAAACGUGGUGAAAAGAAGGGACAGGGAGAAGGAGAAUAUCGGCGUGUGAUAUCGCAAACACGAGAGCAAUCCGUUAUCAGUUCGUUUCAUCGAAUAAGCUUUCAGUUCCAAAGUAAAUACACGUACGAUACGUACGAAGUUUUCGUGAGUCACGGAUGAUCACGUCACGCUCGUUGAGAGUAUACCACUGUCGUAAAAAUCCCCGGCGCGAAUUGAAAGGCGUCCGCCGCCGUAGAAAGGUUCUAUUGGCUUCUUUCGCGCAUAAAUCGUCGUCGCUGUGAUAUACGACCUCUCCUCGUAGCCUUACCCUAACGUACACCGGCGAGUUACGCUCGAAACUCUCAAGGUGUGAACUAGGAAAGAAAGAACUCGGUACCUGGUCGUAGAUUGUUACUAGCUACUAUGUAGAUAAUUGAUAGCCACUUACGAGCCCUUUCAGCUCAGAGUUCGACCACUGAUCCGUAAACACGUAAUCUCAUUUCGUUUUCUUUCUUUCUUUCUUUCUUCUUCUUCCUCUUCGACGACGACGAUUCGCGCGUCGUCGAUUGUAAGAAGCGAGGCACGCGAGAGCUGAAAAAAAAAAAUACCUCGAUACGCACAGAUAAACAGGUUCCUCCUCGGACUCGGUACAAAAUGGCGUUACCCAGGCUGAAAGGGUCAAAUCGAAUUUGGGCAUUGAACGAAGCGAGCAACGUUCUCUCCCCCUCCUCGUCAGAGACAGAGUUAUUUUUCUACGAGAAGCACGAUAGAAGUAGUGGAACGGGCGAACGAGAAUAUUUACGAGAGUUUCGUCGGGCGACGCAGACGAUCUGCGCUUGAUUUGUCGAUAUUGUGACUCGUUCGAUCAGAUAUAGCCUCAUAGGAAGAGCAAAAAAAAAAAAAAAAAAAAAAGGAAAAGAAAA